UUAAAAUAAAAUUUUAAUAUCUCGUCCAAAGUUAAUAUCCGUUGGUUUCUAGAAAUGUAUUAGUGGAAAAAAGUACAAAGAGAGCAAGAAGUCUACGAAAGAGUGAGUGGCUGUCUGCUAUCUUCACCAACUACGGAACUCACCAUCCAUUCAUUUUCCACCACGUGGGACACCAACGGACGACAGCCAGAAAACCCUUAGGCAGCCAAAGGUUCGUUGUAAUUUUUGGCCGAUAAAUGACGUCAGUUAUGGACGUUAAAGGGUGACAGGAACUGAGGUAACGAGUGGCGUAGGUUAAGGGAGUGUGGGGUGCGUAGGAUAAAAAAGUUAUGCGCAUUUUUCUUUCUUUCCUUGUUUUUCUUAUUUAUUUUUUUUGCUGCUUUAAGUGCGAAGUGGGAACACUCAGAAGUGAAUGUUAGACUGUAGCGUUUUUUAAAAAGAAAAUUAUUACACAUUCUUUCCUUUUCUUUUUCCUCACCAUUAUUAAGUAUCUUAAUUUUGCGGGUUGUUUUUGGUUCUUUGUUUUCUUUCAAAGGAUUGGUGGAAAGUGGUGUUUUUACAGAAACAACAGUCUUUGAGUGUUCAUUUUGGCUUUUUUUGAUUAAAGGACUUGGGGUUUUGGAAGUUCAGUUGAUCCAUAAGGUUCGUUAGUAAAGUUUCUCAAUUUUCAAUUUUCAAUCAUUUUAUAUUUAUGUUGGGUUUAUGAGAAACUUGAAAAUUUUAAAAGAUCAGUUUUUUUCCUUCCUGAUCACAUUACUUUAGUAAGUUUGUGGUCUACUGGGAUGGUGUUUGAUCAGUUUUGGCUGACCAUGUUCUUCCCGCUGGAUUCUUGGUUAAUCUAUGAUGGCUGAGAGUAGGAACUUGUAAUUUUGGCGCCAAUAAAGAGCAUGAGCUGAGUCUAGUUACUUGCUUUUAAAAAUUAAGAGUUAGUUCGUGAUUGUGAAGUGAACUAAUGUUUACUUGACUCUCUCUCUGAUUAUUAGUUGAUCAACUUGACUCUCUAUUGGCCUUUUUGGGCAUAUAUAUUUCUCUGUCGGCAAUGUUUUAGGAAGACUAGAAUCCAUAUUUUAGUGGCUUUGAUUGCUUGUUUUGGUUCUGGAAAUGCAAUAAUGGUGAUCUACAGUUUUUCUCAUAUCCAAAUUUUAAUGUAGAGGGAUUCGUAAGGCUUGAAAAUGUUGAAUAGGGCCUUCUUUGUUUUGAGGUUCAGAAGAGAAGAGGGAGCAUCUUGUUUGUAACUUGGCUAUGUUCCCAGCUGCGCGAUUUCUAGUUACAGAUAUUCGUUUAUAAGUGAUAGGAAUUUCUUUUUCUGGUUACUUUUAUUGCUUUUGGAGAAAACCUGAAGCCUUAUUCAGACAGCCUUAAUUGUAAUGAUUAAUGAGUACUAGGAAGGGAGGGAAGCUCUUCUGUUCCCCAAAAAAAAUGAUCAUGCCCACUUCUACAUACCGAUCACUUUGCCGUACCUUAGUUGGUUUGUCAUAUUGCUUCUGCUAAUUCUACCAUUGCUGAUUUUGCUUGGUCGUUCUUGGGACUGUUGCCCCAUUUUUGCUAAUAUUGAGGUGAUUUUUGUUGUGUAUUCUUUUUAGGCAUUUGUAUCACUGUAUUUUUGGCCAGCCAUGGAGAUUUAUCCAUAGACUGAGGUAAGGAAACCAUAUGAGCGUUGUUGAAAUCUCUGCUUCUGUAUCCUUGGCCCAAGAUUUGUUUUGCUACUUCUGGAAGACAAGUUCCUUUUGCUUGAUAGAGUAUGAACUCUCCAUCAACUGAACUUACCAGAAGGAUGGCAAUAUAUGAGCAAUUCCACCAGAUAAGCAGGUGGGGAGACACCUUCAACGGUGAAGAUAGUCCAAAUACAGGAUCAUCCACAAUUGUGCAGGUGGAUAUCAGGCCAGAGAACAAGGCUGAAUAUAUAUCUUGUGAGCAAGUUGAACCUUCCAGAAGUGAUCAAGAAACAAACAAGUCCACUGAUAAGAUACAAAGACGUCUGGCACAAAAUCGUGAAGCUGCCCGUAAAAGUCGUAUGCGGAAAAAGGCCUAUGUUCAACAAUUAGAAUCAAGUCGUUUGAAACUAGGUCAAUUGGAGCAAGAGCUUGAAAGAGCUAGGCAGCAGGGUAUAUACAUAAGCAGUGCAUCAGAUACUGGUUAUUUUGGACCGUCUGGAACCAUAAACUCAGGGAUUACUGCAUUUGAGAUGGAAUAUGGACACUGGGUUGAAGAACAAAAUAAACAGAUUUGUGAACUUAGAAGUGCACUCCAGGCACACAUUACUGAUAUAGAGCUCCGCAUACUGGUAGAAAGUGGCUUGAACCACUAUUGCAAUCUGUUCCGCAUGAAAGCUGAUGCUGCAAAGGCAGAUGUCUUUUAUUUGAUCUCAGGCAUUUGGAGAACUUCAGCCGAGCGUUUUUUCCACUGGAUUGGAGGAUUCCGCCCGUCAGAGCUUUUAAAUGUUGUCAUGCCACAAAUUGAGCCCUUGACUGAUCAACAACAUUUGGAGGUCUGUAACCUUCGACAAUCUUCUCAGCAAGCUGAAGAUGCUCUUUCCCAAGGAAUAGAUAAACUCCAGCAGAAUUUGGCCCAGAGUCUAGCAGCUGAUUUGUGUUCAGGAAACUACAGAGCUCAGAUGGCAGCUGCAAUAGAUAAAUUGGAAGCCCUAGAGGGCUUUGUAAACCAGGCUGAUCACCUUCGCCAGCAGACUUUGCAACAGAUGGCUCGAAUCCUGACAACCCGUCAAGCAGCUCGAGGUUUACUUGCCUUGGGGGAAUACUUUCAUCGUCUACGUGCACUCAGUUCACUCUGGGCUGCCCGUCCAAGAGAACCUGCCUAGUCUGUAAAGAUAGAACUUAGAGAACCAUCAAUAUAUCUAGGCUGUAGUCACCAGAAGUUUGCUUCUCAACUGGUAUGGAAAUGGAUUUUUGGAGGUCUUGUAGUAUGAAUUACAAUAUAUAUCUGCUUAUAUUUUUUCAAAGAAACUUCUUGAGCAUAAAACUUGUAAAUCUGAAUCCUUAAUGUUUUGUAUCAAGAAGAAUAUUAGGUCAUUAAAGUUAGAUUUACUGGUAUUGCAUAGUACUAUAUUGUUUGGAAGCUGGAGCAUUAUACUAGAAAGCUUGUGGUUACCUUAUUUUUGGGAAUUUUUGGAUUAUUGAAGUUAGUGGAACAAAAACUUUAGCAUAUUUGAUCCAUUAAAAUUCAAUGG